UCCCUUCGAUUUUUAAUAAUGAAUGUGGCACAGCAAGCGGACCUCAAAUUUCGCUGGGUUUCAAAUUCUUGUUUCUUAAAGCGUAAAUUCAUUUCUUCUUGCAAACUUUAUCUCGCAAUGUACCGUCUUCUUCGCUAUUCUUUUACACCGAAAAAAGUUCCUUUUCCCACUUCUCAGCAGCUUAUCUUAUCGUCUUAUACUAUUAAAGGCAAGCUGGGCUGCUCUACUUACUUGCCCACCUUGCCCACCUCUCGGCGGCUUAUCUCUACUUCUUCUACUAAUGGUACGGAUCAAGUUUCCGACAUGUUAGAUGAGUUCUUGGAAAAUUGUGUGUAUAAAGACAAACGAUCAGCAUUCAAGUUGCUUCGCGAAGUCGAAAAAAAGAAUUUCAACCUUGAAAUUGCGAAAAAAGACAAGGAUCACGAAAUUGAACUUGCGAAAAAAGAUAAUGAAUUGGCUGUUGCCGCAAUCAAGACGGGUCAUUUAAAUCUCAAUUAUCUCAGAUUAAAAGGAGCUGUACAUCUUAGGGGUGUCUUUGAACAAUGGGAGUUGUUUAACUUGGGUAGCAUUGAAGGAAACCGAGGGACCAAGUGGACCAAGUAUUUCAGCACACAUAAAAAUGUAUUAGAAGUUUUUAAGAACUUUUGGCCGAAUCCAAACGAAAUCGAUACUAACCGCGUUGUAACAGAGAUGAAGAGCUUUUAUAAAUGGUUAUCUGAAAGGAUCCACAAUGCACAUGCAUUUGGGGACUAUGUAGAAUGGCGUCGUAAUACAUUAACACCUGUGCAAAACAAAGUGGCGGAAUACAUGUGUAGAGAGCUUAACAUUGAUUAUCGUAUAAUUGAAGCUUCUGAAUCUUUUGGAGAAGAGAUUGUGUUGACCACUGGUGAGGUUACUCAAACAAAUACUAAUAAUAUUGGCGACUUGGCUCAAUUUGUUCCUUAAUGAUUUAUAUUUGUAUUUUGUACAUCAAUUGAUCUAUUAAUCGUUCUUUAACAUUUGCAAUAAAAAUUUAAUAAUAAACAAGAAUUUAACAACCAGAAGUUUCAUAAGU